AACGUCUUCUGCAACCGCCCAGCAGCACACUCUGCAACCCAUCCUGGAUCUUGUAUCUGUCGCGGCCCUCUGUCUCUUGCGCACCAAUUGGCGUCUGUCUUGCGGCUUUUCUGCAGGUAGUAUACAUCGCUGCACCAACAUCCACACGAGCCCCCUAUACCUUUACGUCUGCCUGGCAUGAGUUCCUUGGGCUUCCUCUACUACGCCGUUCACCCAGCUGAAUUGCGCUCCAUAAUUCAAUGGAAAGUAUGGCACAAUCCAGUACACGAGCGCGACGAAUCAAAGGAACCCGAGUCCCUAAAGCGAUGCUUCCACUUCCUCAACCAAACAAGCCGUAGUUUUGCCGCCGUCAUCCUUGAGUUGCACCCUGAUCUUUUGGUACCCGUCACACUAUUCUACCUAAUCCUGCGUGGUCUCGAUACGAUUGAGGAUGACAUGACCAUCCCCUUGGCCAAGAAGGAGCCUCUCCUACGCAACUUCCAGGAUAUACUGGAACAGGACGGUUGGACAUUUACGGAAAAUGGCCCUAACGAGAAGGACAGGCAGCUUCUGGUCGAGUUCAACGUAGUCAUUGAGGAAUUCAAAAAGAUCAAGCCCGCCUACAAGGACAUCAUCAAGGACAUCACCAGGCGCAUGGGCAACGGAAUGGCAGACUACGCCAACAACGCUGAGUUUAAUGCUGGAGUCAAGACGAUCAAAGAAUACGAGCUGUACUGCCACUACGUCGCGGGCCUGGUUGGUGAGGGAUGCACACGUCUUUUCGUCGAGGCUGGGCUGGCAAAUGCCGCCCUGCUCAAGAGGCCGGAACUCAUGGAGUCCAUGGGCCAGCUCCUCCAGCAGGUCAACAUCACUCGUGACAUCAGAGAGGACUUCGACGACGGCCGCCGGUUCUGGCCCAAGGAGAUCUGGUCCAAGCACGUGGACAAUUUCGAGGACCUGUUCAAGCCGGAAAACAAGGAGAAGGCACUGAAAGCUAGUUCAGAAAUGAUUCUGACGGCGUUGACUCGUGCAGACGACUGCUUGUACUAUCUAGCCGGUCUCCGAGAGCAGAGUGUGUUCAACUUCUGCGCGAUCCCCCAGUCCAUGGCCAUUGCAACUCUGGAAGCCUGUUUCCAGAACUAUGAUCUUUUCCAAAAGAACGUCAAAAUUACCAAGGGCGAGGCUUGCCAGUUGAUGGUCGAAUCUACACAAAACUUGCAGCUUGUCUGUGAGGUUUUUAGGCGGUAUGCUCGCAAGAUUGCGAAGAAGAACAACCCACACGAUCCCAAUUUCUUGAAGAUCAGCAUUACAUUGGGAAAGAUUGAGCAAUUCAUCGAGUCGAUAUUCCCAUCGCAACAGCCUCCACCCGACCGCAAGGCACCAGCCACCAUAGAAGAAGCAAUGAAGAAGCAGAAGGAGGAUGCAGAGGCCAACUGGGACCUGAUCUAUGUUGUCGCGGCUGUGAUUGGAACUGUCCUUGUCAUGACUUCGCUGAUGCUGUUCAUCGCCUACCUCGCAGGCGCCCGCUUCGAUAUUGCCUGGUCUCAGGCCAAGACGGACAUUGGCAAACUUCUAGGCGGAGCAGCUAGUACGGCACCUGCGCAAGUCACUAAAGUCCUGGAGACCGUGGAAAAGAGCGAACUAUAGGAUUUUAUAGUUUCUAUGUUUCGCCAUUAUGUCUGUAUGUAAUUAUAUUAGCCGCCAUGAAUGAGUCAAGGCAGGUAUAGAGAUGGAUCCUAGUAAUUUUAAUUUUGCACGACGAUGGAGGCUGGAUUACAAGUCAUCUGUGAGGUCCUAGCAUGAUAGUUAGGGUA